AUGUCUGAAGUGAUAAGUGUGGUGAAAAGACAAGGUGGGUUUCAAUACUCCGUGGAUGAAUCCAAUAUACAAAGCGAUGAUGAUGAAGAUAUUUACAUGUCCGAUGAUGGAAACGCAAGAACGGGUAAGAUGGAUACUGGGAACAAUGAUACUGAAUCCGGAUCUCAAAUUGUGACACCGGGGGAACUAGUUACUGAUGAUCCUAUUUGGAUGAGAGGUCAUGGUACUUAUUUUCUAGACAAUAUGACAUAUUCUUCUGUCGCGGGGACAGUCUCCAGAGUUAAUAGAUUAUUAUCUGUUAUCCCAUUGAAGAGUCGUUAUUCACCAGAAACCGGUGACCAUAUAGUUGGAAGGAUAGCUGAAGUUGGGAACAAAAGAUGGAGAGUGGAUAUUGGUGGGAAGCAACAUGCUGUGCUGAUGUUAGGUUCAGUGAAUUUACCAGGUGGGAUCCUAAGAAGAAAAUCUGAAAGUGAUGAAUUACAAAUGAGAAGUUUCUUAAAGGAAGGGGAUCUAUUAAAUGCAGAAGUCCAAUCUCUUUUCCAAGAUGGGAGUGCGUCAUUACAUACAAGAUCUCUAAAAUAUGGUAAAUUAAGGAACGGUAUGUUCUGCCAAGUGCCAAGUUCGUUAAUCGUUAGAGCAAAAAAUCAUACACAUAACUUACCUGGUAAUAUUACGGUUGUGUUGGGUGUCAAUGGAUACAUAUGGUUACGAAAGACUUCCCAAAUGGAUAUAACGAGAGAUGCACCACCAGGUGGAAGCACAGGAGGGGGUUCAUCAACAUCUUCUGGACAAAAUUCAACCAAUGGCCCUACUGGUGCUGUUUCUCUAAAUCCUUCCAUUACAAGGCUGGAAGAAGAGUCAUCAUGGCAAAUUUAUUCAGAUGAAAAUGAUCCAUCUAUUACAGCCAAUAUAAGGAAAACGAUUUCACGUUAUGCCAAUGUCAUUAAAGCACUAGCCUAUUGUGAAAUAGGGAUUACUCAAGAGCGUAUAAUUUCCGCAUAUGAAGUUAGUAUGGCCUAUCCAAAUGUUGGUUCAUUAAUAGAUAGAGAAACUAUGGAAUCCAUCGGGAAUGAUGUUCUAAAUGGUGAAAAGAUGAGAGGUAAUGCAAUGUGA